UCGUGUCGUGUCGUGUCUACUGUCUGUGUCUAGUGCUAAUAAUGGUGAUGGUGAAUCUCAUCUAAAUAAAUUCCGUAGUUAUUUUAGUGAUUCGUAUUAACCUGCUUGAUGGAAUUUACGUACCGCAUUUGGUAAUCGAUUUAAUGACUGCUACAAGUAGCUGACAAAUUUGUAAAAUGAUAAGUUUAGAUAUAAUUAAACAGUCAACCUUCAUCCAUGUCUGUUUCGCCAUAUCCUACUUUACGUCAGGGUUGGCGCUCAGCAUGGUGCAGGCAACCCUAUGGUUUAGCCUCAGACCAUUCAACAAGAGGUUGUACAGAAAGAUAAAUUAUUAUCUGGCAUACUCAUUAAACAGCCAGUUGGUGUUCAUGUCACAAUGGUGGGCAAGGACAAAAAUGUCUGUCUAUAUAAAAAAGGAUGAAUAUGAGAAGUAUUAUGGCAAAGAGCAUGGUUACCUUAUUAUGAACCAUAGCUGCGAAAUAGACUGGCUGAUGGGUUGGCAUUUCUGUGAUGUGAUCCAAGUUUUAGGGAAUUGCAAAGCAUAUGCAAAGAAGUCCAUUCAGUACAUGCCACCCAUUGGAUGGAUGUGGAAGUUCUCAGAAUUCGUAUUUUUGGAGAGGUCCUUUGAUAAAGAUAAGGAGAUUAUUAAGAACCAGAUUAAAGAAAUAUGUGACUAUCCGGAUCCAGUAUGGCUGUUGAUGACUCCCGAAGGAACUCGCUUCACAAAGAAGAAACAUGAGGCCUCCCUGAAGUUCGCUAAGGAGAAAAACCUCCCUCUCCUCAAACAUCACUUGACGCCUCGAACGAGAGGGUUCACCACCAGCCUGCCGCACUUCAGGGGGAAGAUUCCAGCUAUUUAUAACAUUCAGCUGGCAUUUGACAAAGACGCCAAGAACCCCCCGACCAUAACGAGCCUGCUGUACGGCAAGCAAGUGCACGCACACUUGUACAUCGAACGGAUCCCCGUGGAAAACGUUCCGGAAGACGAGGCGGCGGCCUCGCAGUGGGUGCACGAUUUAUUCGUCAUCAAGGACAAAAUGGCGGAAUCAUUCCACAACACGGGCGACUUCUUCCUACAUUCGGGCGUAGAACGGAUCGAGCCGUUCCAGUACUCCAUCCGGAUCUACUCGCUCAUCAACACGCUCGGCUGGGCCGUGAUCACGCUCACACCCAUGAUGUACUACCUCAUGGGACUGUUACUUAGUGGGAGACUGUUGUACUUUUCCAUUGGUGUCGCUAUAUUUUUUGGAUUUUACGUCAUCUUGCAGAAGUCUAUUGGCAUGUCAAAGAUUAGCCAGGGCUCAUCUUAUGGGACUGAAAAGAAAUAAACGUUACAUUAUAUUGUUACAGUAUUGACAAGGAAUAUUAUAGUUCAUACUAUAAAAUCAAAUAACGAAAAUUCUUUAUAUAAAUAAUGUUUUAUACAGUUAACAAUCGGCCUUUUCUAUAGUUCGUUUUUUAUUAGCAUUAGAAAAAAGGUAAACCAAUCUUGACGUGUCUUUUUAUUGAAAAGUAUUGUAAUACGCUUUUAAAAAAUUAGUUUAUAUUACUUAUGAAAGCAAAAUAAUGUAAAAGAUCGUAUAUGAUUUAUAUUUGUGACAUAUUUGCUGUGACUUAUUUUUCAAAAGUGAUUUUUAAUAAAAAGACACGUCAAGAUCGCUUACCUUCUUUCAUAUGCUAAAAAAAACGAACUAUAGUUGUGUUGAACACAUUCAGUGCCAGCGCGUAACACGCGCUACGAGCGUAGCCGAUAACGUGCAAAAUCUCGCUCUUAUACGACUACGAAUAGAGAACCCGACUAUCGGGUCACUGACACUGAAUGUGUUACCUUGGUAUUGUAGCUGUAAUGUUGCAAUACAAAACACAACGGUAUUAUAUUUGGUGAUAACGUAAGGGGCUAAACUGUUUAUAUUUGAUUGUUUAGACUAAUGAACCAUUUAAUUUGAUACUCGGGAAAAUGGGAAAUUUAAAAAAAAUUGACAUGGUUUAAAGUUUUGGUUACAUUCUACUUAGAAUCUUGAGAAGUACUAUAAAUUCUAGUAGCAGAAGAUUGUCUACAGACAUAAAUAUGAUAUGUGUGGUAAAUAAAUAACUAAACCAACAAGAACAUAUACUAUGUAUAAGUGUGGACUAUUAGAAAUUAGUGGUGAUAUCAUUUCUGAGCGGAAUAUGUCCUAAAAUUCUCACAAUCUGUUUAAAUUUCCCACCUAGGUAUUGUUUUUUAUAAAGUCUAUUGAUUAAAAGCAGCGAUCCGAAACAAUGGAUGCAAUUAACUAUUUCAAUCUAUUUAUCUAUUUGCUGAACGCAUUCCUUACAUUACAUGUGAUUUGUGAAGAAUCACUUUUUUUACUUCUCGCACAAUGUUUUACUACCAGCACAAAUGCCCGAGGUGGGCUUAUUUUAGUUUUAAAACUUUACCCAUCCUAGCUAAGCUGAUUUUAAAGACUGAUACAUAAUUAUGUCCUAACAGGACAGCUUUUUGUAAAAUAUCAAUAUAAUUGCAUCCACAUAGUUUCGCGAGAAUUCGUGUAAGUAAUAUUUUUAUAGAUUCAUGUUCCCUUCAUUUUUUUUUUAGAAUAAGACUUGUGGUGUUUGAAAUUGUCCAACUGGAAAGGAUAUUUUAACUCUUUAUUUUGUUAUUCAACGAUUUUAGGAAUAUAUCAUUGAGUUUGGUCAAAAGCCAACAGUAGGUAAGUAUUUUAGAAAGUUAGCCAAACCAAUUUUAAUGGUUGGAUUUGGAGUUAUAAGUAUGCCAAUACGUUUACGUUUUUUCUGAAGAUUGUUUACAAAUCCGUGCGCAAAUAUUUUCUAAUGUCUACCUAACGUUAUUAAGUAAGAUAGUUUUGGCAUAAAUAAAGCGAAAAUUUUUGAAUACCAAUUUAGGUACUUACUUACCUAUACCCUAUUUAUUAUAAAAAGCACAAAAUUUGUGAUAGGUUAUUUGUAUCAUUAUUGGGUUUAUUUAUUGUUUUUAUUAUAUGGUUACAAUCUUG